AUGAUACCCACAUCCUUUAGCGGUUCUUCACCACCCACAGCUGUUGUUGUUGGCCUCAGCAACAAUAAUGCUGCGGCAGCAUCACCCUUUGCCGCCACGGGUGGUGGUGGUGGUGCUCAAACGACGCCCAACAAUGCCUGCAAUUCAGCCUUACUGGGUAUUGCCUCAUUGAUAUUGGAAGGACGUGCCUUGGCCGAAGAUGAAUAUGCUGCCAAAUGUCAGGAUGCAAUAAACAGCCUGACAAUUGGGGCCAAUAAUACGCUCAACGAUGUUGGCAGUGGUGGUAUCGGUUCAGGUGCUGGUGUUUGCGGUCGACAAUCACCCAAACCAUCAACCUCACGGGCCGUCACUGGCAUCUAUCAUCAUCAGCAGGAACAUCAUCUUCAUGGCGGCAGUGGUACUUCUUCCUCCUCUGAAUUGGCCAAUUAUUUGCGACGCAAAGCAUCUAACUCCCCGGAUUCGGCGGCACAGUCAUCAUCGUUGCGUCUGCGUGAUUAUUACAGCAAUAGCAGCAGUGAAAGUGCCGGAUCCUCGGUGGAGAGCAAUCACAGCCGUUGGUCGCAGAAACUAAGUCAGCUACGUCAAGAAUCUCCCUGUGCUCAGCGUCAACAAAUGACGACGGCGGAACAGGCUGUGGCUGUUGAUUGUGGUGUACGUUCCGCCGAACCGGAAUAUGUGGCCCUGGCCAUUAACACCACCGACCAGUCACACGAUGAGCGCCGAAGUAGUGGUGCUGGAGAUUUUGAAAUUAUACGUCGAAUUGCUCUGAAUCGCAUGAAUUUGUAUAAUUCUCCACCGAAUAGUAGUGGUGGCGGUGCAGGUGGUGGUCUCUUAAGUGGAGGAGUUGGUGGCAGUCAUGGUGCCAUUGAUAACUCGUUGUGCUCUUUACAGUCAUUGGCCAGCAAUACCUGGCUACGUGUUGGCACUCCCGUAACAGCAUCAACACCCAAAUAUACCCAUUAUCGUAUAACACCACAAAAUAUACCAAGAUUCCCAACACCCCAGCACACUGAUUUAUCGGGAAGUUCGGCUAAUAGUUCUUCGGGUGGUGGGUGCGGUACAUCGAAUUGCUAUAAUUCACCAACCCCGAGUUUUUUCACCGCCACGGCCGCCGCCGCACACAAUAAAGAUUAUCUGCAAAGAAAAUCAGCCAAUAUGCCAACGCCUCAGUCAACGCCCACCAAUAGUAGUUCUUCGACAAAUAGCCUCUAUGAUAAUUCCCCCUAUGGCGGCUUUCAUCAUCAGCAUCAACGCCAUCUAUUUGAGCGGCGAGAAUGUUCGGCAAGCAACAAGCCGCCGACAACAGCUACAACAAGUCGUAAUUCUUCGACUACGGCAACAACCACAACACCACCCCAACAGGGUCCACACUGUGAUCAGUUCCUGCGCAAAAUGGGACUAGCCAAAGGUGAUGCCUCAGAUGCUGAAGAACACCACUGUGAUAUGUCAUAUGUUAAUAUAACGUGCACUCGCUGGCGUGCCUAUUGUAUUAAAAUAGAAAAUAUUCUAGCCCGUGGUGAGCCUAUUUGUAUAGAAGUCUAUUUGGGACCAGUUGGCCAUAAAAUUUUAUUAGAACAAUGGAUAAUAAGCGUUAAUGAUAAACAACCACCGCCCACAAUGACCCUGCCCUCACUAUGUAGUGCCAUACGCAGUCAAUUGUACUUUUCACAAAUCAGUGCCUGGUGUGAUCUCAUUAAAAAAGCGGACAAGACCAUUUAUGAUACUGGUCGCCUUAUCUAUACCACCACCACAUCAUCGUCAAGGCAGAGUGCGGCAGGUGAUUUAGCCACAACAACAACUGCAACAAUGAAUGUGAGUACUAUUCUAGCAGCUAUGAGUUCAAAUUGUGGCACUUCUACAACAAAUGCCAAUAAUAGUACAAAUCAUCAGCGUCCACCACGUCUAAAUAUUUUCUAUCGUAUCAAGGCAUACGAUGAGGCUGGUGGUGACAGCAGCACGGCAUGCUUUAAUACAAAACCGAAUGUACACAAUUUUCCAAAUGUCAAUGUAUCGGAAAAUUGUAGUCUAUCGGUUUGUUUGAAAAGUCUUCCACGUAUAACGGGCGGUAUACCCAAAAUAAAUAACAACAACACAGCCACGGUAUCGCCAACAACAACGACAAUUAGUCCCCCAAAUAAAGCCACAGAAGCAGCGGCGUCCAGCUGUAGUGGGUCGUGGUCGUCGUCGUCAACAAUGUCUGCAACAACUUCCACAACAAAUCAACAACAACAAACUGCCGUUUUCAAUGCCAGCUAUCUAAAUAAAGGAAAUCCCAAUAUUGAUGACAAUUCCUGCUCCUUCAGCUCCUGCUACUCCGCCUCGACAACAAAUCACCAUGAUUUCCAAAAGUUUUGCACAACAACAACAAAUAAUGACAGUUUGGAUGGUGACAGUUUCAAUAGUGGUGGUGGUGCGGGUGCUUGUGGCGAUAGCUGUGAUCUUAGUGGCAGUGCGGGUUUUGGUGAAGGUGAUAGUUCCAAUUCCUCUUUAAGUACAAAUUAUGCAAAUCUUUCACAUCGUGAAAAGCAGCUACUCAAAUAUCGCAAACGAAUGCUGAAACGUGAUAAGAAAAAUCAUCAACAGCAGCAGCAACAAACACAGCAAGUACAGCAGAGUAAGACCAGUGAUGGUUCCAUGGCAAUGGAAAAUUCCAAAUGCUGUACCGUGAUUUCGCAAAGAAUGGAACAGGGUGAUGACGACGAAGACUAUGAUGUGGAUUGUUGUGAUGAUGGUGUUAAUAAUGACCAUGAUGAUCGUAUUGAAUGUCAACAGAAUUCUUCAUCUCCUCCAUCAUCAUUGAAAUGUUUAAAAGACCCUCAAGCUACAGCAACAAAAGGCCAAAGACAACAGCAACAACAACAAUUACCAAAUAGUUUUAAAAAUAGCAUUCCCUCUGGAAAUGGUCAACAGCAGCAGCAUGUAAAAAUGAUCUCAACUGGUACCCAAACUAUCAGCAUCACCCCAACAAAUCACCAUGCUGCUGUUCCAGCUGCUGCUAGUCCAAUAGAUAGUUUACAACAACAAGGUUCGAUCCUAACAUGUUCAGCCUGUGGCUAUGAAAAGUCAAUGAUUUGCCUAAAAUGUAAUCCCCUGAAAGGCUCACCCCACAAUGUCCCCCACCACAAUGUGGAGGAGGACGAACAGGAUGACGAAGAUGAUGGUAUGCUGGAUCUAGCAGCAGUCUCUACACCUAACUCUAGCCGUUCAACAUCCUCCACACCAUCUGCAUCAUCAUCUGCCAGUAGUUUAAAUAGUAGCGAUAUAAUACAAACACCCCGUAACAAGGCGGAACUUUUAUUACAAGCCAUACAGCGGACACCGAAGGCAAAUAAGAAACUUAAAGUAACCAAAGAUUUGGGGAUAGGGGCAGGGCAUCAAAACAAACAGCAACAACAAAAGCAGCCAAGUGAAAGAAAAUCCACAAUAAAUAACAAAAACAAUGCUGGAGGUCAACAACAAAAUCAUCAUCGUUCCCAAAUUUCCCAAUUGCAGAGUUGUCAAGUGUGUAAGCGACAAAAAACCCAACAUCAUUUUCAACAGCAGCAACAACAACAACACCAGCCAACAUCGUCACCAUCAGCUAGUAGUGCUCUCCAUGACAUCAACAUUUCGGAUAAUAAUCAAACAAUUAUUGCCGAAAAUAAUUCAUGUCAAAAUUCCUUUUCUUCAUCGUCGUCGUCCUCCUCCCGAUCGCCUUCAACAUCCUUUGGUAACAUGGUGGCUGACAAUCAAAUGAAUGGUGGUGGUAGUCCUACUGGUGCUGCCGAUGAUAUUUUGGACACUGAUGCCGACAAUGAAAAGGAUGGUGGGAAAAUGUCAACAACAACCUUAACAUCUGAAGAUUGUGUCGAUAAUAUUCGACAUGCAGUAAAGAAUGCUAAAGCUGAAGAAGCGGAAAUAUGUGAUAAUAAAUUAAUGAUAGAUAAUUAUAAGGAACAUUAUCCACAAUAUUUGGAAGAGGAAUAUUUUGUAUCUUCCACCAAAUUAACACCAAACAUCGAACGUUGUUCAUUGACAACCAACAACAAAUCGUAUUACACACAAUUGCCUGAAAAUCGAACCGGCGGCGACGGCCAGUCGUCCACAAAUGCGACUGACAACAACAGUGCAGUGCAACAACGUUUGUGUUACACCCCACCCAUGAUGUUGGAAUACAGUUCGGAAAGUAGCAAAGGUCCUGGUGGUCAGGUUAUGGCACAAUUUAAGACACCCACAGCCAGUGAACAACAAUUGAAAUUAGAUGUUAAACGGCAGGUGCAACAGCAGCCUCACAAGCAGACACCCAAACCAAGUCUGUUACAAAUCGCUUUCAAUUUUAAUGUGAAUGGCAAUGUGGCCGAAAAACAAAAUAGCGGUGAAUGCAAUAACCAACAUCCAUCAUCAUCCUCCAUACAUAACCCGCUAUUGGCAAGACGUAAUUCACCUAAAGUGAAUUUAACAAGGAUUUUUUGUAAUCCCACUGAAAUGAAGGCCUCCUCGCCCAUACCCAUUGGAAAUGGAGGCAAUUCAUCGUCAUCAUCGAAUACUGCCACAACAUCGCCAACGGUAGGUGGGGGUCCACCAAUUCAAUGCUCGGGUUCCAAAUCAGCUGGUAUACAUGGCUCGGACAAGCUGGCAGCGGCACCCACCUUCUCAUUUGAAACACCAUCCUCCGGUCCAGCUACACAACCACCUCACCCACCACCCCUAAUAACGGUACAAAAAUCCAAUUCAGCACCCACCUUACCCAAUUCGCCAUCUCUGUCGCCGCGUUUUAUUAAAGCCUCCGCAUUAUAUAAAAGACGUUCACGACAUUUAUCUGAUCGUUCGGAUCGCUCAUCCCUUGGAUCGGAUGAACAAUUUUCCGAUGAAGAUCUCGAUUGUGGAAUGUAUAGUCCAUUUGCCACGUCACCCGUAAAACUGCGUUCACGUUUAGCUGCAGUAUUUGGUCGCAAACCGAUUUUAGGUAAUCUCGAAGAGAGUUUGCUGCAACGGCGUCUAGUGCCCAAAAUCGAAGUAAUGGGUUUCAAGCUGUUGCUGGGUGCUUCGGGAGGAUUUUGUCCCACACAAUUGACAAUACCGGCUGCAGCAUAUUUCUAUGAACUGCAGGGUGAAACAUUGAGUACACCCUAUUUGUGUGAAAUACGCCUACCCCGCAAAGGAUAUUCGGUACCACGUUGUGGUACUGUCCAAGCCACGUUGCUAAAUCCCAUGGGUACCGUUGUUCGUAUGUUUGUGAUACCAUACGAUAUGCGUGAUAUGCCAGCAUUGCAUCAAACAUUUAUACGUCAGCGUAUUUUGGCCGAUACGGGCAGCAGCAAUAAUACUCAAACAACAACAACAACGACAACAUUAAACAGUGUUGGAUCUAGUGAUAUUAUGGUGCAAAAUGGCAAUAUGGAAAAUAAUUCCGGCAAUGAUGGAGGUGAUGGUGUGACAAUAAAUUCGAAUAAACAGCAGCACCACAAUAUUGGCCUUAACAAUAACAACAAUAAUAAUAACACUAGUAAUGGCAACAACAAUAACAAUCUGGAAAAUGAAAUGGGCCAUUUUAUGUCAGCUGAAAAUAUGAAGAGUUUACGCUAUUCCAUACAUUUGAGAUUCCAAACAUCACGUUCGGGUCGUUUAAUGCUGCACACCGAUAUACGCUUGCUAAUAUCCCGGCGUACCGAUUGCGAUACGGCUGCCGCUCAUGCCAAAGGCGUUUUGGAGGCACCCAAUGAACUAAUAACGAAAACUGUGAUGCCAACAAAUCCCAAAUAUAGUGCACGUCACGAUCAGACAGCGAGUAAUAAGAUUUAGUAGUUGUUGAAAGCUGCAUGUGUGCCAGUCGAUAUGUUGCAACAAUUGCAACGGAAAUUCUGGCAAAAGAUAUGGGUUUGAA